AUGCUGCCUUAUAGUUUCACUGUCCUAGGACUCUGGGGUGUUUGGCUUCCCCCCAACUGGUCCGGAUGGAAAUCUAGAAUCUAUCAUCUUUAUACCGGCUUCAUGAUCAUCCUUGUCUAUACUAAUACACUUUCACAAGUGAUCGACCUCUUGUUGACGUACAAGAGUCUCAAACAUUUUAUCAACAACGCGUUUAUAUUGCUCUCGACCAUCGGAGCGGGUGUUAAAGCUGCCCACUGCUUAUACAUCCGGAGGAAAAUCAUCGGAAUCAAGGAGAAGUUGAAUAUUUAUCCUUGCAAGCCUCAGGAUCAUGAGGAGAAAGCCAUUUUACAUCGAUUUUCACGGAUUGUUAAAAUCCUGAACAUCUACUACAUAGCUCUCUACGUCUGCACAAUAACGGCAUUGACAACCGUGAGUUUCUUUCGUGACGUGCCAAAACAGCAAUUAUAUUACCGCGCCUGGUUGCCCUUCAAUUACUCAUCCCCAGGUAGAUUCUGGGCAGUUUACAUGCACCAGGUGAUAGCCCACGGAUUUGACGCGUGUAUGCACGCAGCUUACGAUACCGUUGCACCGGGAGUGAUGAUCCAGGCGUGCGCUCAGUUUGCGAUCCUGGAUCACCGGUUCCAAUUGCUCCCAAAAUCAGUGAAUCAGUUCCGGGAUAAAUCGGCUCUAGAUUUCCCUCAGGACGACUCCAACCAACGAAGAAGAGUUCUGAGGUUCGAGGCGAAGAAGCUGGCAGAAUGCGUGGAGCAUCAUCUCCAGAUAUUCCAAUUAACGAAGGAGAACAAUGAAAUAUUUGGAAUACCAAUUUUUCUUCAGUAUUCAUUGAGCUCGGUGAUAAUAUGCCUGAGUGUCUUGAGGCUGUCCCAAGUCAAUACCUUCCAUCCAGCCCUCAUCUCCGUCAUUCUGUACCUCAUCUGCAUGAUAUCCCAGGUGUUCAUGCCCUGCUAUUCUGGUCAUCAGAUCACCCUCCAGAGCUCCAAAGUUAGCGAUGCUAUCUUUAGCAUGGACUGGCCGGGCCUGGGGGUUGCUUCCAAGAAGAGUUUGAUAUUGAUAAUGCAGAGAAGCCAGAAGCCACUGCUGUUCACCACCGGCUACAUCAUCACUCUCUCUAUAAAUUCCUUCAACAGCCUCAUCAAACUCUCGUACUCGGUUUUCAACGUGUUGCAUAAUUAA